GUCUUAGCAGGGCUCCAACGUCAAGUUCAUUAUCCCAAUAAAAAAUCCCCAGGAAAUAACCAUGGGGAAGAUAAUGAGUUCAAUGCUAGACACUGGCCAGGCCCAGGCGUCCCUGAGCAACCUGGAACAGAUGGAGGUGUUCAUGAAAGCAGAGCAACUAAAUCCCCUUCAUAGUCCUUCGAGUACAAGCAACUUACCUGCAGACGGGCAGUCACCCAGCAAGCAUCAUUCAGAAGAACCAUGCAACAUGAAGAAGGAGGAGACCUCCGAAGGUGACGAAAUUGCUGACAAUAUCCUGGCUGUGGAUCGAUCUCCGCCCCAGGAGUUGUCUUCUUCCAUCGCGUCCCCCGAUAGCGAAGGGCUCCCCCAAACUGAAAACAAACAGUCAUAUACAAAUGACAAAGCAACAGAAGCCACCAUUGUUGAUGAUACAAGGUUGCCUGUUGAUCUACAUUUAGAAGAAACAUUCAAUACAUCCUCCGCAGAACUGACCGGUGUCAAAACUGAGGGCAACCUUUCUCGAGAGGAAGCCCAGAGAGUCCGCAGAGAAUCCGUUGACUUCAUUCGGCAAAGAACUUUUCAACGAGAGUUGGUGGUUCUAGAGCGCCAGCUCAGCGCAAAGCAGGACAGGCCCUCCGCUAUGCAGCCCCAGCAGCCGGAUGGAAUAGAGAACCAAGAGUCUGUCGAAACCGGGACAGAAACGAUAAAGUCAACCGACACCUCUGUCGCUUCAUGGAAGAAAAAGAAAAAGAACAAAAACAAGAAGAAGAACAGGAACAAGAGCAUCAGCCAGACAAGUGAAGGCCCUUCUGAGCAAAAGAAUCCCUUCAUCUCCGAUGAGACCAAGCAGGACAUUGUCGACAAGUCUCUGUCUCUGUCUUUUAAUAAUAAUGUUCAGAGCCUGUCUCUCGCUCGUUCUCUUUCAAAUGCCUCCGAGCUCUAUCCAUCAACUGAGAACAACGAUAACAUUUCUGUUCAAGGUCUCUCACGAACCGACACUUCCGAUUCGCAGACAGAUGAUGUGAUCAGUGACGAUUUCAAUGCUUCGGAGGCCACUGUGUUCCAGCUAGAGGGGGAUGAAGAUACCGCAACCCAGGAUUGCCAGACAAAGUCCAUGAUGCAGCGUUCUCCCAGCCAGGAUACAACCCUUAUCCCAAAAGGCGAGGAAGAAAGCGCAGCACCUGAGACAUCUCAGAACUCCGAUAAUAACGAUAUUCCGUCCGCCCGUGUUGAAGGCACCUGUUCUCAACUUGAACCCACCUCCUCGAACGAUGCAGGCGUAUCAAAGAGCGAGCAUCGAAAUGGGAACGGACCCGAAUCCCAAAACAUCGAUACUGUCAGAGAGCACAACGAUAUCCUAGUUCCUACCGACAACCUGUCUCUAGCGGAUCAGGUAGAACAGCACGAAGACCAGCUGGGAGAGCGACAGGACGCAGCUGCAACUACAACUACAGCAUCAGGUUCCGCUUCUUGUGACGACCAACCUGUCAAUGGUAAUGUUCUUAAUAUCGGAACUGGUGAAGCCUCUGAAAACAAAACUACAAGCAAAUCGGCCAGCUACAAUGUCACACAGUCCAAACCAAGUUCUGCCGUCCGUUUUCCUCCUCAAGAUACUUCUUUCAUGUCGAAAUUGUCAAAGAAGAACAAACGCAAGACCAAAAAGUCCACAAAUCCGCCUUCCACACCUAGACAAGUUUCACACAGAGGGCAACUCCAUUCAAAUGCAAACCGAGACCAGCUCUAUCCGAUCCAUGAAGCGCAGCAUAGGAUUUCCCCAUUUGAGAACGGUUAUGAGCGUUCGUAUGAACCCUCAAUGGCCUCCUCUUCUAAUCAUGAUGUUGACACCAUUGCCUCGGACAACUACGGCUCGCCAGUCUCUCAGCAAUACACUGAAGCAGAACUAGCCCCAUUCCCCCCCGGUGAUCCACGCAACGCGGUCUCGGCCUGUUUGUUAAACCCUUAUGCGAUGUUCUACCCUCGCACCGCCAUCCCACUACAGCAAGUGGCACCUGAACACGCCCACCCAACAAGCAACGUCUCUUAUACGGCUGCCACCCAUACUACAGAUCAGCCCAGCAGAGUGCAGUACCCAAGACGGGAUAUCCUCAACCCAGUCCGCCCGCUUGAUGGCCCUCUUCCCGAUCCCAACGGACCGACCGAGUACUGCAACAGACCUUGGGUCAGACCGGAGGGAUUCUGGUACCACCUGGACACUGUUGCUUUUGAAUGCGACAAGGCUGGCUGUGAGAAGAAGUGUAACCUGUGGGAUGGCGUGGCGGUGAUCUGUCCCGGGUGCGGGCCGUACUCCACGGUGCGGUACUGCGGGAAGCAGCAUCUGUUCGAAGAUGUCAAGUCUCACUGGCUACGGUGCCGGCAGUCGACGUUCACACACCCAUGCAAGGACAGCACCAUUCCAAAAUCUGUUCGCAACAGUGCGCCGAUGCUGCCCAAUAUCUGCGCGUGGGACUCGCCCGAGCGGCACCGGCAGGCCGUUCAUUUCGCCAUGGAUCGCACAGGCGACUACUUCAUCUUCGCCGACUGGGAGGAGUACCUAGCUGCAGGCAUGCCGCGCAACACCGUUGCGGUGCGAUGCUCGACGCGCGUGCUCUGCACUGUCUCCUUCGAGGAGGGAGACAUGAAGGAUAGGGUCCGCCGCCUCCUCGGAGCCUGUCUCGUAGCAUGCCCCGAAGUGUUCUGGCUCGCCCAGUACAUGUACCAAAUGCUACGGGACCACCUCCGGUCGACGGGUAAGUGGAGCGAGGAACUCAGCCAAGCAUUGAAGUACCAGAUGCAGUAUGAGUUCUCGGUCCUCCUUUACCCGGACGCCGUCGGUAAUCGACACGCCUGCGAAGCGGAGUGGCUGGGACUGGGCUACCGUCACUGCCGGGACGCAGUGUGUCGUGCCGAGUACUCGCCUCUCCUGGGCACGACGGUUGGACGCAUGGGCCAUCGCCAGACGCUGGAGACUCUCGAACAGAGCUACUGGCUGCUGCGCGCGGCCCGGGCGACCCAUCCGUCUGUUGCUCAGGUGCCUGCGCGGGUACGAGGUGAGGGCUUCGAGGGGGUGGAGUUGGAAGACCGUCGCCUCUUCCGUCGCGGAGAGGGCUGGGACGGCAUGGGGACCGGGGAGAUGGAGAUUGAGGGUGUCAACUGCUAAAAAGAACCGUUCCCCAUUGCCGUCCCAGUUGUUACAAAGAAAAGGAGGGGAAGAGAGGAGGGGAAGAAGAAAGGAGGGGAAGAAGAUAGGAGGGGAAGAAGAUAGGAGGGGAAGAGAGAAGAGGAAGAAGAGGAAGAAGAGGAAGAAGAGGAAGGAUAAAGUGAAGAGAAAAGAGAAUGAGGU